GGCACUCAGCGGUUUUCCCUCCCCCAACGGCGCGCCAGCUGUGGCCGGCGCAGAGUAGUGCUCGGGCCAGGGGUUGCCUCCCGCCUCCCGCCUCCCGCCUCCCGCCUCCGCCUCCCGCCGCCCGCGUCGCCCUCGCCGCCGUUGGGCCGCGCCGCGCCGCCAUGUCGGGCCCCGGACCGCGGGAGCCGCCGCCGGAGGCAGGCGCGGCAGGCGGCGAGGCGGGCGUCGAGGGCGCGGGCGGCGGGGACGCGGCGCUGGGCGAGCCGGGGCUGAGCUUCACGACCACCGACCUGAGCCUGGUGGAGAUGACGGAGGUGGAGUACACGCAGCUGCAGCACAUCCUCUACUCGCACAUGGAGGCGGCGGCUGACGGCGAGCUCGAGACGCGCCUCAACUCGGCGCUGCUGGCGGCGGCGGGCCCGGGCGCAGGCGCGGGCGGCUUCGCGACGGGCGGUCUGGGGGGCGCGGCGCCCGUGUACCCCGUGCUGUGCCCGUCCGCGCUGGCGGCCGACGCGCCCUGCCUGGGCCACAUCGACUUCCAGGAGCUGCGCAUGAUGCUGCUAAGCGAGGCGGGCGCGGCGGAGAAGACGUCGGGCGGCGGGGACGGAGCGAGGGCCCGGGCCGACGGCGCCGCCAAGGAGGGCACGGGCGCGGGCGCGGCUGCGGCUGGACCCGAGGGCGCGCCCGAGGCCCGGGCCAAGCCGGCCGUGCGCGUCCGCCUGGAGGACCGCUUCAACAGCAUCCCCGCCGAGCCGCCGCCCGCGCCGCGCGGCCCCGAGCCCCCCGAGCCGGGCGUGGCGCUCAACAAUUUGGUAACUCUCAUUCGACAUCCAUCUGAAUUAGUGAAUGUUCCUCUUCAUCAGCAACAAAACAAAUGUACAACAUUAGUGAAAAAUAAAACUGCUGCUACAACUACUGCUUUGCAAUUUACAUACCCACUGUUUACUACAAAUGCUUGCUCUACUAGUGGAAAUUCUAAUCUUUCACAGACACAGAGUUCUAGUAACUCGUGUUCUAUACUUGAAGCUGCCAAGCACCAGGAUAUUGGAUUGCCUAGAGCAUUUUCUUUCUGUUAUCAGCAAGAAAUUGAAUCCACUAAACAGACGUUAGGUAGUAGAAACAAAGUUUUGCCUGAGCAAGUUUGGAUUAAAGUGGGAGAAGAAGCGCUAUGCAAACAAGCACUGAAGAGGAAUCGGAAUAGAAUGCGUCAGUUGGACACAAAUGUAGAGCGAAGAGCCCUUGGAGAGAUUCAGAAUGUGGGCGAAGGUGCCACCGCCACACAAGGCGCUUGGCAGUCCUCGGAGUCCUCACAGGCAAACCUGGGGGAGCAGGCCCAGAGUGGGCCCCAGGGAGGAAGGUCUCAGCGUAGGGAGAGGCAUAACCGAAUGGAAAGAGAUAGAAGGCGCAGAAUCCGCAUUUGCUGUGAUGAGUUGAAUCUCUUAGUGCCGUUCUGCAAUGCCGAGACUGACAAGGCUACAACUCUGCAGUGGACCACAGCAUUCCUGAAAUACAUCCAGGAAAGACAUGGAGAUUCUCUUAAAAAGACCGGGUGACUGUGCUUCUGUGGAAUGGGUGAAUAUACUUCUGCGGACCAGGUGACUAAACUUCUGUGGACCAGGUGAAUAUACUUCUGUGGACCGGGUCACUAUACUUCUGUGGACUGGGUGACUAUACUUCUGUGGACCGGGUGACUAUACUUCUGUGGACUGCGUGACUAUACUUCUGUGGACUGGGUGACUAGGGAGGAGCCGGCCUGUUAGCGCCAGCAUAUCCAGUCCCUCAGGACAGCCACCCUGCCGUGAUCCUGUCUGUGUGGUCGUGGCAGUGGCCUGCAGCAAGCCAUCGUGGUUGGCUGGAACCAGACGUGUGGUUUGAAUGCGGGAGUUCAGUCAGCCCCUCAGUGGCCCAAAAGGAAGAAGGUUUCAGUCACAGGGCUGGUUCUGGGCCCUGCCUUUGGGGGACCUGAGUUCCAUGUCCCAGCCUCAGCGUUGCAGUGGCCAGGGUCAGUGGCUCUUUGGCCCUCUAGGAGUGAGCAGACCUUAGUGAAAUAGAUCCACAGGGUCCUGACUUUGUACCUGGUCCAAGCUGUGGGGCAGUUGCUACUGUUGACCCAGGCAGGAGUCUGACUAGAGAACAAGCUAAGGUUGCUGCAACAAACAAGGACCUCUUUCAAGAAGGGCUCCCAGGCCUGGCGCAGUGACUCAUGCCUGUGAUCCCAGCACUCUGGGAGGCCGAGGCGGGUGGAUCAUUUGAGGCCAGGAGUUCGAGACCAGCUUGGCCAACAUGAUGAGACCCCGUCUCUACUAAAAAUACAAAAAUUAGCCAGGCGUGGUGGCGCCUGUAGUCCCAGCUACUCAGGAAGCUGAGGCAGGAGAACUGUUGAACCUGGGAGGCGGAGGUUGCAGUGAGCCAAGAUAGCGCCACUGCACUCCAGCCUGUAUGACAGAGCGAGACUCCAUCUCAAAAGAAGGGCUCCUGUGUCUAUGUCAUGGUUGGGGCUAGAGAGAGGUCCCGCGCAGCUGGGCUGUGUUGAGUGAGGGCUCUUCUCUUCAGCGCCAGGCAAUAGUUUGUCUUGUCUCUGUCCCUUUUCUAUGUCCACGUGACAUUUACAUCUUGCGAGUUGCAUAAUUUAAGUUCUUUAUUUACAUUAUACAUUUAAUUGCAUUCUAUAGCAAUACUAUGUUAAAUGUAUUCUGAUCGGAUCAUUUAUGGUUAUUUACAAUGCAGUUACUCUUGAAGUAUUGUUAGAGGUAGACUGUGGAUUUGUUUUGAUAAAAUAAAGCUUUUGUGUUUUAAAAAAUGCUUUAAUGUUUUGGCUCUGUGUAUCUAUUAGUAAAUCAUUAUUGAUCUGAUUUACUCAAAUAAGACGAAGGCAUUUAUAGUUUUUGAAAUUAAAAAAUGUUAAUUGUAUGUAUAGUCAAAGAUUAAGGAGACCAAAUGUUUAUGGGUAUGAUACUUUACAUACAUUAUGUUUGCUGAAUAUUUCUGAAAUGUAAUGACAUUGGAUCUGAUUACUUCUGGGUCACAUUAUUAGACCCACCAAGAAAUAGGCUGAGGUCAAGUCAGUUCACAAUUUUUUCGGGGAAUUAGAACAUAAAAAGCCGGAACACAUGGGUUCUUAAUUGUUUCUUUAGUGACUUCCCCCUUUUACUUGCAUGCAUAUUUUUGUCCUUAAAGACGCUAUACACGAGAGUUUUAAGUGAUUUCUCUACAUUAUUUUGGUACACAUUUCACUCAGCAGGUCUUUUCCAGUGUGACCAGGCACUACUGAAGGUGCUGGGGUACCCUGGGCAAGACAGAGGCAUGUCUGGCACGGAGGGAGGCGGGGGAAGAGUAAACGUGAAGACAGCGGGAGCAGGGCCUUGCGGGUGGAGGAUGCUGCUGUGAGCCGGCCUGACUGGGGUGGCUGCUUUGGAUUGGGUGGUAUUGGGUGGUCGAGGGAGGCACCCAACCAAGGCCCAAUGAUGACAGGGAGCUGGCAGCCAGGACCUGGGGGCUGCAGGGUCUGAGGAGUGCCUGCCUGCCAGCCAGCAUUGCUGGGCAGGGCCCCGGGGCAGGCUGGGGCCUGGUGGACCGCUAGUCCUGAGGGUUGGGGGCCUUGGCAGUCUUUGGGCAGUGAGUGAUAUGACCUGACCCAUAUCACCCCGCUGCUGGGGGACACCGGACACUAGGGAGUAGGAGUUGGGCUGGGGUGAGAGUGGAAACCAGGAGUCUGCAGUAGCUGGGAGAUGUGGCUGGCCGGGCGAUGGCUGCCGGGGGUGGCGCUGGGCAGGAGGAAAGGCACGAGGCUUCUUGUGUUUGUGGCAGUACCAGUUGGGAGGUGUAAUGGGAAAAAGGCCUCAGGGUUUGGCCUCGGUGGCUGGGUGGAUGGGGUUGUUUACUGAGAGGGAAGACUCAGAGAAGCAGGAUCUCGGUAUUCUGGGGGUGUCAGGUGGGGACAUCGGGAGGCAGGUGAUAGACAAGUAUGGGGUGAGGGCAGGGCGGCGUCAACCAUCAGUGAUUCACUUCCUGUUCGUUUUCUAGUGAACAUAGGAAUUACAGUGAACACCUGUACACCUAUGCUUCAAUCUCAGCAAUGAACAUUUACUGUAUUUACUUUGUACACACGCACAAUUUCAAAGACAAUUAUAGACAAGAACCUUCAUCUCUAAAUAUUUCUACAUAAAUCUCCAAAAGACAGGCCUUCCACAGAAUCCCAGUGCCAUGAUCAUGCCUCACCAAGACGAUGACAAGUCUUUUUCAUAUCCUAUAAUGCACAGACUAUUCAGAUUUGCCCAAAAUGUUCUUUUAUUGCCACCAUACCUGCCUAAUUUUUUUAUUUUAAUGUUUAUUUUAUUCUGGUUUUUUUUUUUUGAGACAGGGUCUCGCUGUCUCCCAGGCUGGAGUGCAGUAGCAUGAUUAUGGCUCACUGCAGCCUCUGCCUCCUGGGCUCAAGCAAUCCUCCUGCCUCAGCCUCCUAAGUAGCUAGGACUACAGGUGUGUGCCAUCAUGCCCAGCUAAUUUUAUUUUUGUAGGGAUGGGGUUUUGCCAUGUUUCAUAGGAUGGUCUCAUACUUCGGGGCUCAAGUGAUCCUCCUGCCUCAGCCUCCCAAAGUGCUGGGAUUACAAGCAUGAGCCACCAUGCCUGACCAAUUUUUAAAUUUUUGUAGCAAUAGGGUCUUGCUAUGUUGCCCAGGCUGGCCUCCCAAAGUGCUGGGAUUACAGGCAUGAGCCACCACACCCAGCCAAAAUGUUCUAAAAAUGACUUUCAUAGCUGUUUUUUUCCCACAGUCCAGCACCCAGCCAUGGAUUAUACACUGCAUUUGAUGACAGUCUUCAAGCUCUUUGAGCUACAAGAAUCCCACCCACAGUUAUUAACUAUGGCAUUGAGGCUUUGAAGAGAUCAGGCCGGUUGUCUAGAGAAUGCCCCAUAUUCUGGGUUUAGAUGGCUCUAUUUACUUUUGGUAAUUUUAGAUUUUGGUGUAAUUUCAAACUUACAGAAAAAUUGCAAGAACAGUACAAAGAGCUCUUUGUAGGCCUGUCCGGGUUUGCUCCAUUCUCCCUGCUAGUCCCAGUUUCUCUCCAGGUAUCUUUGGGAUCCAUUUGAUAGUAAGCUGCAGACACCAUGCUUCUUUAUACUUAAAUACUUCUGUGUGUUUUUUUUUGAGAUGGAGUCUUGCUCUGUUGCCCAGGCUGAAGUGUAGUGGUGCCAUCUCAGCCCACUGCAACCUCUGCCACCCAGGUUCAAGCAAUUCUGCCUCAGCCUCUCGAGUAGCUAGGACUACAGGCAGGGCCCACCACGCCGGGCUAAUUUUUGUAUUUUUAGUAGAGACCGGGUUUCACCCUGUUGGCCAGGCUGGUCUCAAACUCUUGACCUCAAGUAAUCCCGCCUACCUCAGCCUCCCAAAGUGCUGGGAUUACCAUUGAGCCACCACGCCCAGCUAAUUUUUGUAUUUAAUAGAGACAGGGUUUCACCAUGUUGGCCAGGCUGAUCUCGAACUCCUGACCUUGUGAUCCGCCUGUCUCAGCCUCCCAAAGUGCUGGGAUUACAGGCAUGAGCCACCACACCUGGCCCAGUGUUUACUUGUUUUGUUUGAGACAGAGUCUCGCUCUUGUCACCCAGUCUGGAGUGCAAUGGUGUGAUCCCGGCUCACUGCAACCUCUGCCUCCUGGGUUCAAGCGAUUCUCCUGCCUCAGCCUCCCGAGUAGCUGGGAUUACAAAUGCGUGCCACCACGCCCGGCUAAUUUUUGUAUAUUUAGUGGAGACAGUGUUUCGCCAUGUUGGCCAGGCUGGUCUCAACCUCCUGACCUCAGGUGAUCCGCCCGCCUCAGCCUCCCAAGGUGCUGGGAUUACAGGCUUGAGCCACCGUGCCCGGCCCUCAUGUUGACUUUUUAAUAUCCACAACGAUGAAAAUCAGGACAUUUAACAUUGGUGCAAGACUGUUAUUCACAUUUUGCCUGCUGUCUCAAUAGUGCUCACUACAACUUUUUCCCCAGUCGGGAUGGCAUCUGGGGCGCUGGUUGUGUUUAGUUGUGAGAUGCCCCUGCACACUGGGGGCCCUGAAGGUGCCAGCCACACCUGGGGCCUCCCUUGUGGUGUCUGUCCCUCCCUUCUUCACACCAGCAGGUGGCUGAGUCCCACUUCGCGUCUCCCUGCCAUCUGCAUCAGGCCCCGUGUCGCUGUCCCUCACGUGCUGUCUGGUGUCAGGCCCUGCUACAGACUCGGACUGGCCUGUCCCUUCUCUCCUCCUUUCCUGCGGACACACUGUGACUUCUCCCAUGAUCCUUCUGUGAGAACUCCCUGGACCUCGUGUCCUGUACUGGCAACCGCCCAUUUCUCUGCUCUCCUUGGCUGCCUGGCGCUUGUCUGUACCUCCCGAGCCACUUCAUCCUCUCUUGGAUCCAUUCCCAGCAGGCUGUGACCAUGGCUUCCCAUGCUGUUUAGUCACGCCACCACGCCCAGCUAAUUUUUGUAUUUUUAGUAGAGAUGGGGUUUUGCCAUAUUGGCCAGGCUGGUCUCGAACUCCUGACCUCAGGUGAUCCGCCCGCCUCGGCCUCCCACAGUGCUGGGAUUACCAACGUGAGCCACCUCGCCUGGCCUACAUACGAAUUUUCAUUCUGUUUUUGAACAUGGCCACUGGAGGGCCUCUCGGCUGCAGAGCAAGCAUUUGUAGCUUGUUCGUGGCAGAAUGAGCCGGACGCUGUGUUGUGACCUGUUUUAAAAAUAAAGCAUCUUGAAAAAGAAAAGCCAUUCUCUUUGUCCUAAUGAGUUUAUGCCUCCUUACCUCUGGCCACCUGAGCUCGUUGGUCUGCUGUACCCCUCUGGCCUGGGCCGUGCUGGAGUCUUUCUGGGGCUCAGUCAUUCACUUUGUUGAUUUUUUGUGUGGGGUCAGUGGUAGUGCUUUUUCCAUCAUAAUUUGCUUUUAUCUUUAUUAUCCAAAAACCUUAUUUCUAUUAUUUCCUUCUUGAAGUUUUAUUUUUUUCUGGCAUCUUGGGUUGAAAGUUUAUUUUGUCUAUGUUGUUUUCUAAUCAAUGCAUUAUAGUAAAUUUGUCCUGGUGUGCUUUUGAAACAUUUCACAGGUUUAGGACACAAUGCUUUCAUUGUUUCUCAGUUCUAAGUAGCUUGUAAUUUUUUUUUUUUUGAGAUGGAGUUUCACUCUUGUUGCCCAGGCUGCCGUGCAAUGGCAUGAUCUUGGCUCACUACAGCAUCUGCCUCCUGGGUUCAAGCAAUGCUCCUGCCUCAGCCUCCCGAGUAGCUGGGAUUAUAGGCAUGCGCCACCACCCAGCUAAUUUUGUAUUUUUAUUAGAGACAGGGUUUCUCCAUGUUGGUGAGGCUGGUCUCGAACUCCUGACCUCAGGUGAUCCGCCCGCCUCGGCCUUCCAAAGUGCUGGGAUUACAGGCAAGAGCCACUGUGCCUGGCCUCUUUCUUCCUCUUAAUAACUCCCUGGUAUAUUUCCCUGACAUAUAGUUAGAGCUAUUUCUUUUUUCUUACUAAGACAUUUUUUUUUUAUUGUUGGUAUUAUUCUUUUUCUUUUUCUUUCUCUUUUUUUUUU